AUGCAACACUCUUCCAGCGACCUCUUUAACUAUACGUCAGGACGAUGGCUUGUCAACGAUGCUCUUCGCCACGCAGAGCGGAGGCUCAUUUUCGAUGUUGAGGGGCUAUGUCAACUUGCAGCGCAGUCCGUUGGUCGAAGUCCUGCUGAUGUCAUCAACUUUUCAAAGCUCGCCGAGGGGGGAUUCAACCGUACCUUCCUCAUUACUUUGCGCGACGGUUUCCAAAUGGUCGCCCGUAUUCCGUACCCGGUUACGGUCCCCAAGUAUUACGCUGUCGCCAGCGAAGUUGCCACUAUGGACUUCCUCCGUUCUUCUGGACUGCCUGUUCCCCAGGUAUACGGAUACUCACCUACAUCAGAAAACGCAGCAAAGACCGAGUACAUAAUUAUGGAAUGGAUGAAAGGUACGAAACUCAGCGACGUAUGGCUUGAGCUGGGAGACUCGGAUAUCGUCUCAAUCUUGCACCAGCUUGCUCAACUUGAAUCUCAAAUGAUGUCGAUUUCUUUUCCGGCUAGCGGAAGCCUCUACUACUCCCACGACCUGGAGAAGGUGUCUGGGAGGGCAACCAUUCCGCUCAAGGACGAGCGCUUCUGUGUUGGUCCAGAUACCAGACUGACUCUGUGGUACGGCAGGAGAUCACAGCUCAACGUAGACCGGGGACCCUACAAAAGCGCUGAGGCAGUGCUUGUAGGAGCAGCGCACAAGGAACUGGCGUAUUUGGAGCAGUUCGGCCAACCGCUACUGCCGUUCCAGCGCUUAAGGAGGGAGGGCUACGGGUACAAGGAGCAGUCGCCGUCAGACCAUAUCGCGAAUCUCAACCACUAUCUCCUCAUCGUGUUGUCACUCAUUCCCAAGAAUCCAACCCUCCGUGGUUUCCACAUUCGCCAUCCCGACCUCCAGCAGAGCAAUAUCUUUGUCUCGAAGUCGCCAGAGUCUGGCUGGCAAGUAGUCGGCCUUCUCGACUGGCAACACACCUCAAUCCUACCCCUAUUUCUCCUCGCCGGUAUUCCAGAUCGGCUGCAGAACGCCGAAGACCAGACCUCGCAGCCUCUCAUGCCACCUUCGCUACCAGAGAAUUUGGGCGAGUUGAACGAAUCUGAGCAAAUUCAAGCGAAGGAAUUCUACCGUCGCCGUCUCGUCCACUACCAGUAUGUCAAGAACACGGCAGAGUGCAACGAGCUCCACUAUGCAGCGUUGACAGACCCUGCAGGCAUGUCCCUCCGCCGCCUCUUCUACCUCGCAGGUGACCCGUGGGAGGGUGAGACCCUUGCACUGAAGGUUGCACUGAUAGAAGCAACAGAGGAGACAAUGAAGCUGGACGCAGUGCAGAGAGAAUCAGACAAGACUUUUCAGUUGUUGCAGGCCAUGGUCGGCUUCGAGUCGGAGGGCUGGGUGUUUACUACACAUUACGACGAGGCCAUGGCGCGCAGCAAGCAGCUGAAGGAGAAUGCGUUGGCGGUGGCCGCAUCAGUAGAAGAACAGGAUGAGAUUAUGACACACUGGUUCUUGGACAAUAUUGAUGAAACAAAUUACAUGUAA